AUGCAUAAGCAGAGUUGUCGAAUUUGUAAUCGCUGCCGUAAUUCACAUUAUCUGUGGAAACGUAAUAAUCCUGAGUUCGAUCAAAUCAUGAAACAAAUGUGUGAAGAACUAAAUCCAGUUGAAGCUCAUAAUGAUGAAGAAACAGAAAUAAUGGAACUAGAUAAUGAGUCUUCGAAUGGAUCAACCGAGUUUGAAAUGAGUACAUCUGUUCAGGCCUAUCAUCAACUUUUGUCCGUUCAAACCGAUAAUGUUUGUGAAAUCCCAGUGAAACAAACGUGUGAAGGACUAAAUUCAGAUGAAAUUCAUAAUGAUGAACAAACAGAAAUAAUGGAACUAGAUGAUGAGUCUUCGAGUGGAUCAACCGAGUAUGAAUGGGUACAUCUGUUCAGCCCUAUCAUCAACAUCAGUCCGUUCAAACCAAUAAUGUUUGUGAAAUUCCAGUAAACUGUACUAUAUCUUCCCAUCAGUAAGAGCCCUAUUAUUUUCAUUUCGUUUGUUUCACUGAGAUUUCACAAACAUUAUCGGUUUGAACGGACAAAAGUUGAUGAUAGGCCUGAACAGAUGUACUCAUUUCAAACUCGGUUGAUCCAUUCGAAGACUCACAUUCCAACUAGUCGACCACUUGGAAAGAAAGCGACAAGUGCUACUUUAAAUACCACAUUUUGCGUUCAGUUCGGCCCCAAACAUUUUACGUUAUCUUUUCUUUUCUUCAAACGCUCGUUACGUAUAAGAAAUUGCGGCGCCGACUAAUAUACUUAGAUAAAAUAACAGCUAUAUGUCGCGCCACAUACCAAUUCUAAUCUAAACCUUCACGCUAGUCUGCGAUGAAAUUCU